AUGUCCUCGCGAUCGGCACAACCACACGCGACAAUUCCACAGCAACGACGACAACCUUCUCCACCUCCGACAUCCCGUACACACCUGUCUCCUCCUCCCCUCUCUCACAGCAACACCAAUAGCAGCCCACUCCUCUCCCUCCCCGGCGAACUCCGCAAUAAAAUCUAUCGCCUCUCCCUCCUCUCCCCAACGUCGAUCGAAGUCGGACCCAAAGGCUAUCCCCGCUCAGGCCUGCUCCGGACAAAUCGAGAAAUCCGCGCCGAGUGUCUGGAGAUUUUCUACUAUGAGAACAGCUUCGAUAUCCUGGCUCUGGACCUUGAUCCGACGACGUUGGAGCGCUGGUGUAGGAUGUUGGGGGCGUUGGGGAAGGGAGGAGGAGGGGAGAAGGAGGAGGAGGAGGAGGAGCAUCGAGCGAAUCGCAUCAUCGACCACAGCAGCAGCAAUGCCGUAAUAUCACCAUUAGUAACGAUAUCUCCCCAAAAGCAACGAGCAUCACCACCGCCGCCGCAUCAACCGCUCAUCUCCCAACGCCGCAUCUCAAUGAACCCGCACAUCCGCCAAACCGCCCACUGGCCGAACCUUCUCCGCUGGCUGCACAAAUGGCACAUCGGCGCCAUCCCCGCGAGGCUCACGUAUCCCGCGCAUUUACAAAACGCCGAGGUGAGGAUCGUCCAUGCCAUGUUCGACAUGGCCAUGUGUUUGCGGGGACAGCCCUGGAGGACGGUCGAGGGCGUGUUGAGCUGUCAGAGGAGUGUGCUGGAGGCGUUGAAUGCUGGGUGGGGGGUCGAUUGGGUCUGA